GGACAGUACACACCUCGUUCAUGGCCUCGAGCAUUCGAUGUCGCUCUCACCUGCACAGCCUCGAGGUAUCGAGAGGGUUCUAGGAUGGACCAGCGAUGUCUCGAGGAAUUUAGAAAGAUUUCAUGCGCUCGUUGUGUGAGAGCCAAGGAAGCACAUUAUGGGGCCUAUAAGUACCACGCAAGGGCCUGGGGUUCCCAUCAAUCAAAUCAGUGUUCAGACGAUUUCCUCAAGCGAUCAUUGCACCGUGAUCAGUGAAGCACAGACUUCAAGCUUUUGGCUUGCCUACUUCCACGUUCCCAUCCGAGAUCGACACCGAAUUGUUGAGUUCUGUCUGAUCUUCCUGCAGUCGAGAGCGAAGUUCCACCAUGGCUUUGAUUCCACGAGCGUUCGGGAACAGUGUGUUCGACCCUUUCUUCGGGAGCAGCAUUUUCGACCCUUUCGAGAACCUGUCGGCGAGUCUGUUCGAUCGAGCGUUCCCAUCCUUCGACAAAGAUGUGAGUGCAGUCGCCAAUACGCGCGUCGAUUGGGUGGAGACUCCGGAGGCCCACGUUUUCAAGGCAGAUCUUCCUGGCAUGAAGAAAGACGAGAUUAAGAUUCAAGUGGCAGACGAUGGGGUUCUGAGCAUCAGCGGAGAGCGCAGCAAGGAGAAAGUGGAUGAGAAGGACAACUACCGGCGAAGUGAGCGCUCUUUCGGCAAAUUCUUCCGGCAGUUCAAGCUGCCGGCAAACGCCAAAGCUCAAGAGAUUUCUGCCAAAGUGGAGAAUGGUGUGCUGACAGUCACUGUCCCCAAGACCGAAGAGUCCAAGAAGAAAUCAGAAAUCCGAACAGUCGAGAUUACCGGUUAGAGCAUGAGGUGCCGUGAACUAUACACGAAUGUGGCACAUUUCCCUCUCUUCAUACCGCUGUGCGAUGGAAAUAGUGCUCACCGACUGCCAGUGACGACUGCAUGCGAACUUCGAUCGAGUAGUCAACGAUCGCAUACUAUGGGUAAAGAGAAAUUCCACGGAGCAACAGAUACAGGCAGUCACUCUCAUCCAGUUCGCAGAAUGUAAUCACUAGGUCAGUUUUGUAAUAAAGCGUCAAUUUUACUAUAUACAUAAUCCACACUGUAAAGAUAACAGAGUCAGAUAGCAUGAAGGAUGGCUGGGUACUUGUUCUCACUGUAAAGCUUAUAGUCAUUUGAUCGUGCACCUGAUCUAGUAGUGCCCACAUCCAAGCGUGUAGUCAUUCCUGCAAUAUAUGCAGCCAUGUACCUGGACAUAGAGAGUUUUCGUUUGAAGAAUUUUUUCCGCUACGUUAAAUAGCGAAGCGAGAAAGCUUGUAAAAGGCUGCUG